AAGAUAAAAUUGAAGAGGAUGACGUCGACAAAGAGGGAAAAUAUGGACUACCUAUUAAGUCCCUAUAUAUCUUUAUAUUUGUAGUCGACGUUGUUGAUAACUUCCAUUCUAAGGUCUUCUAAGUGGAUUUCACAAGGUAUUCAAGUCAGUAGCUUCUAAAACUAGCCAAACGUAUAACUACGAAAGCACUAAUCCCCAAAGGGAUUUAAAAUCUGAACAAGAAUAAAAGAACACGAAGCAUCGUAGUAAAAUGACGCACAUAUCAUGCAAAUGACCAGUAUUCAGUAUCCYGGACAAGCAUCGUGACGCUACAUACAUACUUCCUUUCUUGUUAAMAAAACCCGUUUUGCGAGAAAAAGAGGAACACAGGGAGUACAUAAUAAAGAGAUGGAUGGGUUUCAAAAGAGAGCGAUAUUGAUUGGACCGAGUUAUAGCAAAUUACCUCGAGAUCAAUGGCUAGAUGCCAUCGAAASGGACGUUCAGACCAUGAAAAACGCUUUGACUGGAAAAUUUAAAUUUAAAGAAGAAGAUAUCAAGGUAUUACAUGACAAUCAAGCGACCAAAGAAAACAUCCUAAAAGAGCUCAGUGAGCUCACCAAGUCAUGCGAACCUCGAAGCGUAGUGUGUUUGUAUUAUUCUGGUCAUGGGUCAUACCUAACAGAUUCACAAGAUGAGGGACUGUUACCUACUGUUCUCGAAUGGCCACCACACAAACCAAUGGAAGAAAUCUGUAUCACUGGCCAAGACCUGCGUCCUUUCUUUGAAGAACUCAGCAAAAAAGAUGUUUAUAUAACACUGAUAUUUGACUGCUGUCACUCUGGUUACCUGUAUCGCGACGUUGACGUACAAAAAGGAAUCAAAAUAAAGCAGGUUGUUCUGCCAGAACCAACUACCAAAUCCUGUGAUGCAGAAUCGGAAAAUAAGAAAUACACCAAGGCUGACCGAGGAGGAUGGACGCCCGAAAGCAAAGACCAUUUCUUCUACAUUGCGGCAUGCACUUCCGAACAGAAAGCAACAGAAAUACCUGGUGGAGGACUCCUGACCUUGUCUAUUAUGGCGACAUUAGACAAGCUCAAAUCUUUUGACCAAGUCAAUUAUAAAGCGUUCUUUAGACUUCUGAUGAAUGAGGUUCAGAUUUUAAAGAACAAUCAGGAACGAGGGAAAAUUAAACAGAUGCCUCAGUUUGAAUCAGUGAAUUCCAACACUGCACUUUUUGGAAUUUCUCAAGUCGAGGAGGCCGAAGGAGGAGUCGAGAUCAUUGAUGUUAUUUUUGAAGAUGAGUUCCUCCUUAAUGCUGGGUUCGUGCAAGGCUUGAGAGCAGGGACGUACUCCGUCUUUGAGGCAACAGCAUCAGCGGAAAGUGUCAAGAAAGGAGCCUCUUCUCCAGACUGUUUGGGCACUAUUACUAUCAACGAUGGUCAAAUGUCUGCAGCAGAUGCAACUGCCUCAGCAGAUUGCAUUCGACGUCCAAUCACUUGUGGUUGUCUUGCGUAUCUUGAAUCACCAGACUCGUUCAGUGAAAGCGUCUAUAUUACACCAGACUCUGUGCACGAGAAAAAUCGAGAGAUUCUGGUCAAAGAGCUGAAGGAUACUCGCAUGUUUAAUGUCUUCAGAAAUCUUCCAAAAGUGGUUAACCCACACUUGAUUACCAUUACCUGUGAGACCAUUGAAAGCAAAUCAUGUUGGGUUGCUCGUAAAGGAGGUAAAAUCUUCGUACCGCCGAUCAGUGCCGGCAUCAAUCAAGAAAUCAUCAUGGUCAAAAACCUACAAAGAUACACAAAAUAUCAAUUAGUGCAAGRCAUUGCAUAUCCACCAAAAAACGAAAACCUCCUGCUCGAAAAUGUGAGUUUCAAGGUGUUUAAGGCAAAAGAAGUAACGAGAUGGAGGCCAAGUAGAAAAGAAGAGAUGAUUACUAAGGAACUGGAGAAAGCGUCCACUGUUGAGAUUACUAAAGAAAAUGAUCGAAGAAUUAUUUUGAAGGCUCAUAAACCAAAAGGCCGAUCAAUUGAGUAUGGCACCGGUGAUUCGUUCAUAUACCAAGUUAAAAACGAAAAUAAAACCGAUCAAGUUCACAUAUGUGUCAUCCUGUGUCAAUGUGAUGGGGAAAUUAAAGCCAUUUAUCCGCCGAAAGAGGGAGGCACGACACCUCUUCCUGCAGGUGAUACAGUUGUAGAUAUCCAGCAUGUCUUUCUCCCGGGAGACUGCUUACGAGCCAUGGAGGAACCAGAUCUUACUGAAAAGGAACCCGACUUGACUUUCGACACCCUGAUACUACUUGCAAGCAGCAAACCAGUGACUUAUGAAGCACUUUUGCAGUCGGCUCUACAGACAGACGAUAGUCUAUUGAGAUCUAAAUCUAAGGGCUUGUCUUCUGAUCAGGAUCUUGUAGGAAGUAUUGAGAAAUUGUGUAAGAUAAAAAAGAGGAAUGGAGUCAAUGAUGACAUGGUAGAGAUGAARUACAUGUACAAGAAAGUACAAAUCUUCGAAUCACCAUAGAUACCAUGGGAUCACGUGAUCAGAUACCACGUGAACAGUUUUAACCAAUCAUGAUAAGGAUUGUUUGUUACGUAAUCAUUUUAACUUUUUCACUUUUUAACAAUAAGUUGUUUUAGUUUUUAAAUCUAAUAUUCUUUGCAAUCUUAUUUAGUGUGAAAAACCAUAUUACCCAUAAUGCACCCAAUAUAUAAUCCUAUAUGCAGGUUAGUCUGUGUACAAUUUUUAUCAAACUAUAUAUCUAUUUAUCCAUGCAUGUAAACGUUUUUUAAUGAACUCAAAUAAAUAUCUUCAUUGCAAGAAAAAGGACAUUUUGA